AUGUACCGGCGAUCACAGCAGCAACGUUGGAAGAUACCUCAAGUUGAACCCAAGACUAAAAGCCUUGAGCUGGCCACCCCAUCAAGCAAAUCGGAGUCGACUCCUCUCAGACCAAAUGUCCCAUUAAACAACGAGAAAGUACUUGUGUCGAAGCCAGAAGCAAUAACCACGGCGCCAUCCCGUUUAACAGCAACUACCAUCGACACAAACAUCCGCCGACGUGUGUCAGCGCCAUCCGGCAUAUCUAAAGGAAGCACAGCUCCACUGAAUGAGCAAAGUCAGUUGCUUAUACCACCUCCUCCCAAGGGGGCCAACGUUGGCGAGGAUUUUGUCUGCGACUAUUGUUGUCUUAUUCUCCCGAGCAAGAUUGCAUUGAACAGAAACGCCUGGGCGUGAGUAUCCAUAUAAAUGGAUCACGUCAGUAAAGAUUUAUAUCCCUAUGUUUGUGUCGUUGACAAGUGCGACGAUCCCAUCGAAAUUUAUUCGUCUCGAAAGGAAUGGCUUGCCCACAUGAGUACACGCCAUCUAAUGAGAUGGUACUGUAUUGCCAAACUACAUACACAACCUUUAGAAUUCGACAGUGAGAACGGAUUUAUCGAGCACAUGAAGAUUGGACACCCAGGAAAAUUCAAGAACGACCAACUAUCGCUUGUUGCAGAGAACAGCUCACGCCCAAAGGAUUCUGUGUUUGAUGAUUGUCCAUUCUGCAUUGGGACCUCCGAUAAUCUUGAGGAGCAUGUUGCGCUGCAUCUUCGUGACCUUGCAUUGCGGUCAUUGCCGUGGCCAGAUGACGACGAGUGUGACUCUCAGCGGGGAGAGUACCUGCACAGCGACAACUCGAUAUCGGAUGAAAAUACUCGAAGCACUAUUGUAGACUUCAUAUCAAAAUCAGCAAAGUCUAGUAUCGUAGGAAUUAUAGAUGGCGAUGAUGGUCUCGAACUUAACGCAGAGGAGUGGUUAAGUACACGUAGCUAUUUUUGCGACCCUGCUAGUCUAUACGACUCACCACGUCUGCGAGAACAGCUUUCUGAUAAGAUCUUGAUAAGAUUGGCAAUCAAAGAAUACCGAGGAGUCACAGAACUAUCUACUCUAGUAGAUAAACUUGAGACUCUCCUCAGCGACGAAUAUUCACAAGCUGAAAAGGCUGCGCAUCUCGAGGAAACUUUCAUCAUUAUACAGCAGCUGAAUGAAGAUUCGCUAGACCAAGAUGACUCUGAUGGCCAAUCCGACAAGCCCCUCACAGUUCAAGAAGAGAUCCUGAGUAUUAGUGUUCUGACUCCAAACGUCAGGUGGGACAAUAUUGACAUGGACAACUUGACGCUGAGUGCCUCGCUCAAAGGCCCAUGGGGAAAAGAUGGAACAGAUAUCUUCAUCAAGAUAAAGAUUGAUAUACCUACAGAGUAUCCCGAGCUUAAAGCGCCAAAGUUCAUCAUUGAGAAAAGCUCAUCUAUACCAGAAGAAACACACAAGAGGCUUGAUCAAGAGCUCUAUGAAAUUGCAGAGCAGUUUGCACAAAAAAAGCAAAAUUGUCUGGAGACAAUCUUUACCUAUCUAUUGGGAGAAGUUGAUUUCGAAUCUGCUACUCCUUUCUCAAAGAAUAAUCGCGACUCGAGUGACGAUACUUCAACAGAAGAGGAGGUCGACAUUCCAGAAGGUGGAUUGGCGUCUAUAUUCCAGGAGCUGCCUCCUGCCGAUGCGGACCCUGACGAAGGCGUUCCUUCUGUUAACAUCGAAACAUCACAUAAGGCUGUUGAAGUUGCCAUUAUAUGUACACUUUUGACUGAGUACGAUGCAGUCUGUCUCAUCUUGGACGAAGUCUGGGACAAAAAUUACAAACGGAACGAGCGAGACAAAAGUAUUUACACAACUGGGCGCGUUGGGAGGCACAAUGUCGUGGUUGCUCUCUUGCCCCACACAACAAGAUUAACCGCUAUAUCUACCAUAGAGCAGCUCGAUUUUCUUGACUCGCAAUUAGGGCUCUUUUUACUAGUUGGUAUCUGCGGAGGUAUACCCAACAUUGAUGAUAGUGAACUAAUGCUCGGAGAUGUUGUCAUCAGCAGCAGGGUUGAUGAGUACGACUUUGGCAGAAAUUUAAACAGAAACGCCGCCUCGCCUUCUAAGAAUUAUCAGGUCGUAAAAGGGAAAGUCAAAGAUGUUCUGUAUGAAGUUUCCCAGUCAAAGUCAAGCGAAAUGAUGCUGGAGCUAGAAAUGCGACGGUUUCUAUUUGAACUUCAACGCAAAGACAUCGCCAGUGGGGAAAUACUAGCCGAACCCGAAUACAACUAUCCAGAAGCGCUCAAAGAUCGCCUGUUUAGCGCACGCUACACUCAUAAGCACCGUAUCACGGAUAACGAUUGCAGUGUGUGUAACGGCAAUCCUGAUGCCAUCUGCGAAAACGUUCUCCAUUGCAUGGAAUGUAAUGAGUGGCCCGAUGCUGUUUGCGACGAUGCUCGCAAAGCCUCUUGUCAGGAAAUUGGGUGUGACGAAGGACAACUUCUCGUCCGAAAUAAUCUUCGGGGUGCUCAUACGCCAAACAUAUACUUUGGGAAUAUUGCAUCGGGUGACAUCGCCGCGAUGAACGGGCUGGAGCGAGACAGGAUAUCAGAGUGGCAAAAUGUUAUUGCCUUUGAUAUGAACAGAUUUGAUGGCUGGGAAAAGUUACCAUGUAUCUUCAUCAAGGGCAUAUGCGAUUAUGCCGAUGGCCACAAGGACGACGGCUGGCAGAACUUUGCGGCGGCAACGGCGGCGGCGGCAACAAAAGCUUUAUUGGGGGGAUACACCAAUUAGACGAUGACAGCAAAGAUGUUAGACGACGGGAUUUCAUACGACAAGCUAAAAUCAGAGUAAUGCCGAUAUUAUCCAAGUGAGACGUCGACGAGAGCUAGGGCGGGAGGCGCGAGAACAAGGAGAUCUAUGUCCCAUUUGACCGCUUUGGUAAGCGAUGGGAAUCUGCAGCUGAAGAUUAAAAAAUUUAUAUAAAUAGUUGAUAGAGAGGGUUUGGUUAAAGCGAAGAGUUACAUAAAUGAUCAACCAGAAUUUAUUUGUUCUCCUUUAAUUCCUAACUUUCAUUGUCCGUAUAGUCUUAUUUCAUUUAUGAUAAUAAAUAUUUGAAACUCUCG